CUGACCUUGACCUAGCUUGAAGAAAGCUUGGCCAUGGCUUCCACUGAUGACUUCGAUGACAAUGUGAGCACAGUCAGCCUCACAGAUUCUGAAGCGCCUGAAUGGACCAAAUCGUCGACGUCGUCAAUCAGCACCAACCCGUUGGAAGAUUUGGCAGCAGAAUCCAAUUUGACCAGGGCUGCUCGGUGUGUCCAGCUUUGCUGGGCCAUCCUGUUUAAAGAAUUGGGGAAGAACACUUUGCAGGAGUCCAUGCUCGUGCAAGUUCAUGCCACUUCUUCAGCCUGCACUGGGGCACGCUGAGAUGGGCCAAGCGGUCAUUCAGAAAACAAUCAAUUCCUCCAAAGAACUGGACCGCAUGGUUGAAUUUACGAGCAUCAGAGCGCAUGAGACCAACAAGGGCUGCAGACAGCUCAUUGCGGAUCAUGUUCGCUGGUGUGGGGAAAGUGACCAACGAUCACUCACAGCCAUGUGUUCACGGCGACCUCACUCAAAUCAUGCCAAGCAACAGCUUUGACCCUGAGAGCGGUUUCGAAGCCAAGGCGGCCCAGAUCAACCAAGCCAAGCUUCGCACCACCCAAUAUUGCUUUACGCAUGACCGCCAGUGUCCAAUUUUUGGGAAGAGGGCUAGAGAAGUGGACCUGGAUGUGAGUGGGCUACCUUGCCCAGACUUUUCAGCGAUGGUUUUCUGCAGCCAUGCCAAGUUUCAUGCUGCUUGGCAAACCCCAAUGCUGAUCAUCGAGAACGUGCCGGACCUGGAUUUGGGAAUGAUCACGUACUUGUAUUCCAAGCACUACAGGAUUCGGUGCCUGCGCGUGAUGCCAGCCCAUCAGGGGCACGCUGGUGUAGCCAGGGAGAGGGUCUACUUGAUUUUGACUUUGAAGAAGAGUGUAGUGGAGAUUGCAAAUCCUGAAGACAUGUACAAGAAGGUGUCAGACUUCAUCAUGAGCUGGGUCUGUACAGAACCGAAAGACUACAUGGUAUCCACCACGGCGGAGUACUACAGGGAGGCUUCCAAAACUGCCAGGACGCGUGGUAUUCCUCUACGGCCCGUAUCCAACACUGAUCUUAAAGUCUAUUCACCGAUCCGGCGCCAGCGAUUCCAAGAGGAUGCUCUGGAUUCUCCGUACUCGAUGAGGUAUUUGCUGAACCAGAACCUCUUCAUGAAAUUAGGUGCACGUUUUUGCAUUUUUGCACAAGCUGUCCUAGCUCUACUAGCUGGAAACAUCGCUUGAAUUCCAAAGAAAUUGCGCUCGGCCUAGCAGCACAGACGGAGAGAGUCGAGAAAUCAACGGCGGUGUGUGUGGUGGUGGUGGUGUGAGUGUGUGUGUGUGUGUUCCACCCAGGCAUCUGAGCCA